AUGCUGGUUGCCCCUGAGGGAGACCCGGAUGCUCCAGACAUCCCGACCCCGCGCUCUUACGCUGAGGCGAUCGCGGGUGAGUACUCCUCUCAGUGGCAGACAGCCAUGGACACAGAGAUAGCUUCCUGGAAGUCCACAGGCACCUACGUCGACGACGUUCCCCCACCUGGGGCGAACAUUGUCAGUGGCAUGUGGAUUUUCAGGGUGAAGCGGCCGCCGGGUUCUCCGCCUGUCUUCAAGGCGCGUUACGUUGCACGAGGCUUCAGUCAGCGAGAGGGAGUUGACUUCUUCCAGACCUUCUCCCCGACCCCGAAGAUGACCACUCUUCGGGUUCUGCUGCACGUCGCCGCUCAGCGUGACUACGAGCUCCACUCGCUUGACUUCAGCACUGCUUUCCUACAGGGCAGCCUGCACGAGGAGAUCUGGCUGCGCCGCCCACCUGGCUUCACUGGGUCGUUCCCUCCUGGUACCCAGUGGAGCCUCCGGCGGCCAGUCUACGGUCUCCGCCAGGCGCCGCGUGAGUGGCACGACACACUGAGGACUACACUUGCGGCUCUUGGGUUCGCUCCUUCUACUGCUGACCCGUCGCUGUUUCUACGCACCGACACUUCGCUGCCGCCGUUCUACAUCCUCGUGUACGUCGACGACUUGGUCUUUGCCACUGCUGACACUAUGGCACUCGCCCACGUGAAGUCGGAGCUGCAGAAGAGACACACGUGCACAGACCUGGGUGAACUGACAAGCUAUCUUGGCUUGCGGAUCACCCGGGACAGAGCACGGCGCACCAUCACCUUGACUCAGUCACACAUGGUGCAGCAGGUCCUUCAGCGCUUCCGCUUCACGUACUCCUCGCCUCAGGCCACUCCUCUGCCUACCGGUCACUCGCUCUCAGCUCUGCCUUCGGAUGAGUCCGUAGAGCCGAGUGGCCCGUAUCCAGAGCUUGUGGGCUGCCUCAUGUACCUGAUGACCUGCACUCAGCCUGACCUUGCAUACCCUCUUAGCAUCCUUGCACGCUAUGUCGCUCCUGGUCGUCACCGGAAGGAGCACAUGGAUGCUGCUAAGAGGGUGUUGCGCUACUUGUGCAGUACGUCGGGCAUGGGGCUAGUGCUUGGAGGGCGAGACCGAGUUGUACUCACGGGGCACUCAGACGCUUCUUGGGCAGACGACCAGGCUACUCAGCGGUCGUCUCAGGGUUACACCUUCAGCCUUGGCUCUGGUUCAGUUUCUUGGCGUUCUACACGCUCGUCUUCUGUUCUCAGCUCCAGUUGUGAGGCUGAGAUCUACGCCACAGCCAUGGCUGCACAGGAGUUACGCUGGCUCACCUACCUGCUGACCGACCUGGGAGAGCGGCCUCGUUCUCCUCCAGUGCUGUACGUCGACAACAAGGCUGCCAUUGCCUUGUGUGAGGAGCACAGACUGGAGCACAGAACGAAGCAUAUCGCUCUGCGCUACUUUCUUGCUCGAGAGCUGCAGCAGCGCGGUCAACUUCGUCUGCGUUACGUGGCCACUCGGGCCAACACUGCUGAUGUGUUCACCAAGGCGCUUCAGCCUUGCAUUCAUCAAGUCCGCUGGCUCUCCAGGGGUGAUGCCGUUCUGCGAACGGUGGCGGUCUUCCCUGCGCUCAUCGUCAUGCUGUCUGAGUGGGACGAAACUCUGUACCAGCUCGCCACCAGCUACAGGUUCCAUUUCUUGUUGUUCUUUCUUGCAGACGUGCUCGAGCAGCUCAACAUGUUGAACAAGUCCUUCCAACAACGAGAGGUGAGCAACAAGUCCUUUCAGCAUGUGCUGCACUUCUUAUGA